CCAUUGGCUGUCGGGUUGUUGCGGUGUGCGGGGUGAGAGGUCGCGGCGUGGCCCCGGACGGACGGACGGGGAGCGAUGUCCUACUGCCGGCAGCAGGGCAAAGACCGGAUCAUCUUCGUCACCAAAGAGGAUCAUGAGGCUCCCAGCAGUGCUGAGUUGAUAGCGGAUGAUCCCAAUGACCCUUACGAAGAUCAGGGUCUGAUCUUGCCCAACGGUGACAUCAACUGGAACUGCCCAUGCCUCGGAGGCAUGGCCAGUGGCCCUUGCGGGGAGCAGUUCAAGUCUGCCUUCUCCUGCUUCCACCACAGCAAGGAGGAGGUGAAGGGCUCGGACUGCCUGGACCAGUUCCGCACUAUGCAGGAGUGCAUGCAGCGCUACCCAGACCUGUACCCCCAGGACGAGGAAGGCGAGGGCCAAGACCACACUGAGGAGGAGCAGGCGAGCGAACUCCCGGUGCAAGAGAUGCCCAUCACUCAGACUCAGGGCUCCAGCUAAUGGGUGGGGUGGGGGGAGGCGUCCAAUAUCCCCCGCCACCCCCCCUCCCCACCCCUCGAACCUGCCCCUCAGCCCAACCACCCAACCAAAUCUAAGCUGCCGGCAGAAGACUGGCCUUUGCUUUCAUGGUAGGGGACAGGAGGCUUUCCCCUGGCUGCUGGCACGGAGACCAGGGGUAGGGUGCAGAGUGAAAGCGGGUUCAGUCCCUCAGGGUGGGGGCCGGGCAGAAUGGGGCAGUCUGGCUGUUAAGGUUCUUUACACGGUGAGCACUUCCCUCACUCCAGGUGUUUCCAUUGGGGACCAGGCUUUGUGUGUCUACACUGAUCUGGGGCAAGGGGUAUUUUCAGUCCAAGGGUGAAAGCUAAUUAAUACCCAAGCUGCACUGAAGGCUGCUACCCUGUGUAAACAGCCCCUUCCCCACCCUUCACAGCACAGCAGACAAAUACAUUCUAAAUUAAAGUUAUUUUUACCUUG